GUAAGGCCUUCGACAAAGUCCCCCACGACCUUCUGGCAAACAAACUAGUAAAAUGUGGGCUAGACAAAACUACGGUUAGGUGGAUCUGUAAUUGGCUAAGCGAACGAACCCAAAGGGUGCUCACCAAUGCGUCGUCUUCAUCAUGGAAAGAAGUGACAAGUGGAGUGCCGCAGGGCUCCGUCCUGGGCCCGGUUCUGUUCAACAUCUUUAUUAACGACUUAGACGAAGGGUUAGAAGGCACGAUCAUCAAGUUUGCAGAUGACACCAAACUCGGAGGGAUAGCUAACACUCCAGAAGAUAGGAGCAGAAUUCAAAACGAUCUUGACAGACUAGAGAGAUGGGCCGAAACUAACAAAAUGAAGUUCAACAGGGACAAAUGCAAAAUACUUCACUUCGGCAGAAAAAAUGGAAAUCAAAGAUACAGAAUGGGGGACGCCUGGCUUGACAGCAGUGUGUGUGAAAAAGACCUUGCAGUCCUCGUGGACAACAAGUUAAACAUGAGCCAACAAUGUGAUGCGGCAGCUAAAAAAGCCAACGGGAUUCUGGCCUGCAUCAAUAGGGGAAUAGCGUCUAGAUCCAGGGAAGUCCUGCUCCCCCUGAUUCUAUUCUGCCUUGGUCAGACCACACCUGGAAUACUGUGUCCAAUUUUGGGCACCGCAGAUGAAGGGAGAUGCUGACAAGCUGGAAAGCGUCCAGAGGAGGGCAACUAAAAUGAUUAAGGGUCUGGAGAACAAGCCCUAUGAGGAGAGGCUUAAAGAGCUGGGCAUGUUUAGCCUGCAGAAGAGAAGGCUGAGAGGAGACAUGAUAGCCAUGUACAAAUAUGUGAAGAGAAGUCAUAGGGAAGAGGGAGCAAGCUUGUUUUCUGCUGCCCUGCAGACUAGGACACGGAACAAUGGCUUCAAACUACAGGAAAGGAGAUUCCACCUGAACAUCAGGAAGAACUUCCUCACUGUGAGGGCUGUUCGGCAGUGGAACUCUCUCCCCCGGAAUGUGGUGGAGGCACCUUCUUUGGAAGCUUUUAAGCAGAGGCUGGAUGGCCAUCUGUCGGGGGUGCUUUGAAUGCGAUUUCCUGCUUCUUAGCGGGGGGUUGGACUAGAUGGCCCUUGAGGUCUCUUCCAACUUUACUAUUCUAUGAUUCUAUGAUUCUAUGGUUUAGUUAUGUUGGUUUGUGAUGACAAGUACUGUACAGUAUGGAAUAAAUGUUCAUUUUUUUGUUCAACAAUAAAUGUGGAUUCUUCUUCGUGGAAAAAUAAGACAUCCCCUGAAAAUAAGACCUAGCACAUCUUUGGGAGUAAAAAAUAAUGUAAGACACUGUCUUAUUUUCGGGGAAACACGGUAGUGGUAAGUUUUGGCAUCCAGGGAUAUCUCUAAUUAGGUGCCAAUGUUUUCUAAUAAUUUUGUGGAUUUUUGGAGAGAAUUGUGUUAAAGUUAAUGGCCAAAUGAUGCGAUCAUUGUUUUGUUUUGUCUGUUCCUUUAGUAAGUUACUCCUGUCUAUAGAUUCUGCCUUCCUAAUAGCUGGUUUUAUGAUUCUUAUAGGAUAACCUCUCUCCUUAAACUGUUUCUUAAAGAUAGACACUUCUGUAGCAAGAUCCUCAGGGGAACUAGUGUUACGUUUCAAUCUUAUUAAUUGUGCAAAAGGACGUGAGAGUUCUCUGGAGCCACCCCUGCCGUGAUGGGAAACGAACCAGCUUCUAGUUGAUAUCAAGGCAUUUGGAAACCAAAGUGCAGAAAGGAAACCAGUCCUCUAGGAAAAAGGAUUCCUCUCAAGGGGCUGAUCCUGCAGAAUUCCUACAUUCACUUUGGAUUCUAGAGUAGAACCAUAGAAGAGACUGCAUGAGGCCCCUAGUCCAGGCUCCUGUCAUGCAGGAAAAGUACCCCUGACAGAUGAGCAUCUAGCCUCUGUUUAAAAGAUCCCAAAGGAGCCUCCACUACAUUUUGAGGCAGAGAGUCCCACUGCUGAAAAGCUCUUACAGUCAGGAAGUUCUUAAUGUUCAGAAGGAGUCUCCUUUCCUAUAAUUUGAACCCACUGUUGUGAGUAAUCAGAAAGGGAAAAACAAGAAUCAAGUGUCAAUAUUGCAAUUAAAUGUACAUAACUUUUGACAUGGAGGAGAAAGCAUAUAAAUGUAUUGAAUGUGGAAAGAGCUUUGGUCAGCAUGGAAAACUGAAGACACAUCAAAGGACUCACACUGGGGAGAAACCCUAUAACUGCCUGGAGUGUGGACAGAGCUUCACUCAGAAGGGACACUUACAUUCACAUCAAAGGACUCACACUGGGGAGAAACCCUAUAACUGCCUGGAGUGUGGAAAAAGCUUUGCUCAUAAUUCAACCCUCCAUGCACAUCAAAGGACUCACACUGGAGAGAAACCCUAUAUAUGUCUGGAGUGUGGACAGAGCUUCACUCAUAGUUCAAGUCUACAUUCACAUCAAAGGACUCACACUGGGGAGAAACCCUAUAACUGCCUGGAGUGUGGACAGAGCUUUGCUCGUAGUUCAGGACUACGUUCACAUCAAAGGACUCACACUGGGGGGAAACCCUAUAACUGCCUGGAGUGUGAACAGAGCUUUGCUUGUAGUUCAGCACUACGUAGACAUCAAAGGACUCACACUGGGGAGAAACCCUAUAACUGCCUGGAGUGUGGACAAAGCUUCACUCAAAGUUCAAACCUGUGUAGACAUCAAAGGACUCACACUGGGGAGAAACCCUAUAACUGCCUGGAGUGUGGACAGAGCUUCACUCAAAGUUCAGACCUACGUAGACAUCAAAGGACUCACACUGGAGAGAAACCCUAUAACUGCCUGGAGUGUGGACAGAGCUUCACUCAUAGUUCAGACCUACGUAGACAUCAAAGGACUCACACUGGGGAGAAACCCUAUACAUGCCGGGAGUGUGGACAGAGCUUCGCUGAUAGUUCAACUCUACGUAAACAUCAAAGGACUCACACUGGGGAGAAACCCUAUAAAUGCCUGGAGUGUGGACAGAGCUUUGCUCGUAGUUCAAGUCUACGUUCACAUCAAAGGACUCACACUGUGGAGAAACCCUAUAAAUGCCUGGAAUGUGGACAGACCUUCGCUCAGAUUGCAACUUUACAUCCACAUCAAAGAACUCACACUGGGGAGAAACCCUAUAAAUGCCUGGAGUGUGGACAGAGCUGCACUCACAGUUCAGACUUACGUUCACAUCAAAGGACUCACACUGGGGAGAAACCCUAUAAAUGCCUGGAGUGUGGACAGAGCUUCGCUCAAAGUGGAAACCUAAGUUCACAUCAAAGGACCCACACUGGGGAGAAACCCUAUAAAUGUCUGGAGUGUGGACAGAGCUUCACUCGUAGUUCAGGUCUACGUUCACAUCAUAGGACUCACAUGGGGUGAAACCGUAGAAAUGCAUGGUGUGUGGACAGAGCUUUUCACGGAAUAACAUUAUACAUAGACAUCAUAGAGUUCACCCUGGAGAGAAUGUUGUUAAUUGACACCAGAGUGUCAAAAGCAAGACUUGCAAAUUUUGGAAAUGCAAGCUCAGAGUUGUGACAUUUCAUCACAUGUGAUGUUUUGUAGAAAGAUUGAACUAAAAUGCCUUCCAUUCUGGAAGUAAUUAAGAUUAUAGGAAACUAUAGUUUUAUAUGUUGAGAAUGUUGGAUGAUCAAUUUCGAAUGAAAACAUGGAUAGUUACUGUGAGAUACUAAAAUAUGAAUUGACUAUACAGUGUUACCCCGCUACUUUGUGGUUUGCUUAUUGCGGACUCCCUGUUUCGCAGGAAAUUUAUUUAUUUAUUUAGCCCUCUGCUGCUGCUUCUCCUCCUCAGGGCUGCCUCCUUGCUUUGGCCCUGCCAUGCGGCUCUGGCUGCCUCUGCCAGGGAAGAAGGAACGUCGCUCCAUGAGUGAGGGAGGGAGGGAGGGAGGGAGGGCACGCGGCUGAGGGACGAGCCAGGCUUGGAGGGUGCCCCGCUGCUUGUUCCUAGCGAUCCUCUUCCUCUUCUCCCUCGGCAGCCUGACUCUCGAAGGAGAGGAGGAGGAGGAGGAAGAGGACAAGUCCCCUCCUCUUCCGAGUCCUCCAAGUCUCGCGGCACGGCCGUCUGGAGCGGUGGCAGGAGAGGAGUGUGGCCGCCUCUUCCAGGCCCUUCUGCCACCACUGCCGCCCUCCCUCCUUCGCUCCCUCACAGAGCGUCGUUCUUUCCCUGGCAGAGGCAACCAGAGCCACAAGGGGGCAGCCCUGAGGAGGAGGAGAAGCAGCAGCAAUGGGGGAAAUAAAAUAAUGUACUGUAUAAAUAUUAAAAUUAAAAUAGUGUUCCUACUUUGUGGAUCGUAAUCCCCGCGGUAAGUGAGGAAACACCACACAGGGAUGGAAGGAAUGUUUUAUUCCAAAGCAAAAAAGAAUGGCUUAUGAAGACCUGCAAAUUAGCCAAAACAAGAUGGGCAGAUGUCAGUUGUAAUAUUUAUUCAUUGGAAGAGUGUUAAUCGGAAAUAGAAGUGUGGUUAUACUAUAUUAUCUAAAGGGAGUAGAAUAAUGAGAGAUAAAAAUUAACAGAUAGAAUGAGGCCUUUAGGCACAAAUCCCUUUCUGUUUUCUAGUUCAGUUGUGUGUCUAUGGAGGUAAUUGUUUCGUUAAUGUGCGUGUUUCUGAUUUAGUUUGUAUCUCAUGUAGUAGUUAGUUUCAUGUAGUUGAAACAUUAUAUAUAAUUUCUGCCUUUUUGUAUUCUUGCUUUUAAUCUCUUUUUAUUGUUUAUUUGCAAAAAAGAACGGGAUUUAUAAGGGUCAAAACGGCUGAAACUGGAGGGGUGGGUAGACCUGGUUUUAGCCCAAAAUGGGGUUUAAUGUUUAAUCUAGAGCGCCAUUGAACAUCAUUUCCUUCCUCUGUGUUGAUGACAUGGGUUUGGAUUCCAUUGUCUUCCUUCAGACAUUAUUGUUCCUAUUAUGCUUUAUACAACAUGUAUUCACUGCUUUGAUCACCAUCGAUUCUUUUUCACUGCCUUGUCUAUCCCGCAAACCCCUCCAGUGUGUUCUGUUGGUCAUCAGGGUUGUGUGUGCUAAGUUUGGUCCACAUCCGUCAUUGGUGGGCUUCCAAAUGCUCUCUGGAUGCAGGGUGAACUACAACUCCCACGUUCUGUGUUCCAAGUUUGGUCGUCAGCUUGUUUUGUUCUGAACCCAAAGGGUUCCUGUUCUUUUGAUGCCGAGUGUUCAGGGAAGAGAGAGGUCUGUGAGAUCAAUGAGGCUUUCAGAGACCACGUCUGGUCGCUUGGCUGGGAAAUCGUACAAACAUGUUCACACAAAUGGGAAGGUUAGAAGAUUUGGUUCAUGCAGAUUUUAAGUUAAUAACCUUUAAAAAUAGAAGAUAAAAUUUGGAAAGCACAGGAUGGUGGAGCAUCUGAGUUGGUUGAGCCUCAGUAACGGUGGAAGCCCAGUGAUUUUAUUUGAUCUAUCAUGUCAGAAACUAAUUGAGAGUACUCUUAUAAUGUAUUUUAAUAACACAAAGUUUUUGUUUUUUCGUGUCAGGAGCAACCUGAGUUGCUUCUGGAGUGAGAGAAUUGGCCGUCUGCAAGGACGUUGCCCAGAUGUUUUGGCAUUUCACCAUGCUUGUGGGAGGCUUCUCUCAUUUCCCCGCAUGGAGCUGGAGCUGAUAGAGGGAGCUCAUCCGCACUCUCCCCAGAAGCGACUCAAGUUGCUCCUGACACGAAAAAAAUAAAAUAACACAAAGUUAAAACUUGGCAUGAUACUAGAUUUCCUUUGACUAGAAGCUGGCCGCUUGGAGUGCCUCUGGUGUCGCUGUGAGAAAGUCCCCUGUAACGGAAAGCCUUAUUUUAUUGGGGAUUUUUGUCUAUGUUAUGUAAUGUUGAUUCAGUGGUCAAGGUGGGCAGGAGUUGGCUACUGCUGAUUGGAUAUGUGUCACCAUGGUAACGUAGAAAUGCAACUAUUUCGAAGCUAGCACGAAAGGGGCGGAGCUAGCUGGAUGAAAAAGGAGGGAAUGUUUUAAAAAGAGUGAGUUAGUGAAGUUCUCUAGCCGGUGAGCUAGAAAGAAGAUGUCUGAAGUCAGUUAGGUUUAAGUUUCCAGUGAGAUAGAGCUGAGGAAAAGGAAUACUGUUGAGACAAAGUUCCAGUCAAGUGGUUGAUGUUACAGAAUGAAAGAUAUUAUCUAUAUAAUGUACAAAUGAAACGGAAGAAGUAAACCUUUGCAACCAGUUACGCUUUUUGGACUAAAGAAACCAUCAAUAAAUAAUUCUUUGUUUGUAAUAAA